UCUCUCGCACUCGCUUAAACACAAACAGACGCUUCUUCUUCUAUAAAAACAACAAAACCCUCUACGCGGCUCUCCUUUGUUCCGUUUUAGCUUCUGCACAUUCUGGUCUUCUUCUAGGCUUUCACUCUGUUCUACCCAAAACCCAGAACCCAAAAUGUCAAUCUUUAACUCAAAAAAACUGCUUCUUUUCCUCUUCAUCGCUCUCACCUCCGGAAACACUCACAUUUCUCACACAUUUCGAGGCAGAGGUGGUGAUGUUGUUGAGAGAGGUGUGGUGAUGACAAUGGAUACAAGAAGGUCUCUUGCGGAUGAGAAUCUGCAGAACUCGUCUCUGAUUCUGGCGAAGGAGAGGACUCGCAGGAAGGACCCUCUUGAUGAUUUUCAUAAGUACACUGGUGGAUGGAAUAUCAGCAAUGAUCAUUACUGGGCUUCUGUUGCUUGGACUGCGGUUCCCUUCUUUCUCAUUGCUGGUCUGUGGUUCGUGAUCUUUGGGCUAAGCUUGACCUUUAUUUGUUUCUGUUACUGCUGUUGCCCAAGAGAGCCUUAUGGUUAUUCAAGAACAGCCUAUGCUCUCUCUCUCAUCCUCCUUAUUUUCUUCACUGUUGCGGCAAUUGUUGGAUGCAUUGUUCUGUACACUGGUCAGGCAAAGUUCCACAGCAGUACAACAAAGACACUCAAUUAUGUUGUGAAUCAGGCGGAUACUACUGUUGAAAGCCUCCGGAAUUUGUCAGGUUAUCUAGGUGCCGCUAAGCGGAUUGGAGUUGACUCCGUCUUUCUGCCAUCAGAUGUUCAGAGUAACAUUGACACGACUAUAACAAAACUCAACUCUGCUGCCUCUAAACUUUCUAAUACAACUGAAAAGAAUUCAAAUCGUAUAGAUGAUGGAUUGGAUAGCGUAAGACUGGCUCUCAUUGUCCUUGCUGCUGUUAUGCUCUGUUUGGCCUUUCUUGGAUUUUUAUUCUCCAUUCUGGGGAUGCAGGCUUGUGUAUACUUCUUGGUGAUUAUUGGGUGGAUUCUUGUUGCGGGCACAUUCAUUUUGUGUGGUGUAUUUCUUCUCCUCCAUAAUGUGGUUGCAGAUGCAUGUGUUUCCAUGGAUGAAUGGGUCCAGCACCCCACUGCCCGUACUGCUUUAGAUGAUCUACUCCCUUGUGUGGACAAUGCUACUGCUCAAGAGACUUCAUCACGCACCAAGGAUACAACCUACAAACUUGUGAGCAUGGUAGACAAGGUCAUCAACAAUAUCUCAAAUCUUAACAAUCCACCACCCCAACUUGGACCGUUAUAUUUCAAUCAGUCUGGCCCUCUAUUACCUGUUCUUUGCAACCCAUACAACACCGAUCUCACUGAUCGCAAGUGUGCCUCUGGUGAGGUGGGACUGCAGAAUGCCACACGGGUGUGGAAGAGUUAUGUGUGUAAGGUUAACACGGCAGGCAUCUGUAUAACUCCUGGACGGUUGACUCCCAUCUUCUACGAUCAAAUGGAAGCUGCAGUAAAUGUGAGUUAUGGUCUGUAUACUUAUGGUCCAUUCUUGGUUGAUCUGCAAGACUGCACAUUUGUCAGGGACACAUUCACCGACAUAAGUAAUAGGAAUUGUCCUGGCCUUCGAAAACAUAGCAGCUGGAUCUACAUUGGGCUGGUAAUGGUAUCUGCAGCAGUCAUGUUAUCGUUGAUCUUUUGGGUAAUCUACGCAAGGGAACGAAGGCACCGCGUGUACACCAAGCAGUUUAUGGCUGGAGGUGGAGGAACAGGGGGAUUCCAAGUCCAAGACAAGGGUGCUUAGAGAUUUCCAUUACUCAGUGACUUGACCCAAAGAGUUUUCUGUACAUUAUGCCAGUUAUCUGUAGGUUUGAGUUUGAAUUGUUUGAUUGCUUGUGCUUACUCAGAAGUCUGAACUCAAUGAGACAUAGUAUUAGUAUUGUGGAGCUAGCAUUAUCCCUCGCGGUGAUAAAGUCAGAACUCAGUGAGAUAGAUUAGUACUUGUAUUAUUUUCGAGCUAGCAUUAUCUCUCUCUGAUUAUUGUU